GUGUUGGUGGGUCAGUUGGAGUGUCGCUCAACGUUGGUGUCGGUGCCGUUGAACUGCCGGCUAUGGCUGAACUAGAUCCGUUCCGCCCUCCUGCCGGCGCUCCCAGCGGCCCCGCGCUAGGGAACCGGGUGGUCAGUGCCGGUGAAGAAGACCCGGCCGCGGCCUUCUUGGCGCAGCAAGAGAGUGAGAUUGCGGGCAUCGAGAACGACGAGGCCUUCACCAACCUGGAUGGCGGUGCCCCCGGGCCCCAGCCGCACGGCAAGCCGCCGGGGGGUCCGGAUGCCGUGGAUGGAGUGAUGAAUGGCAAGUACUACCUGGAGAGUAAUGGUCCAACAGACAGUUACGCAGCUAUUGCACAAGUGGGUCGAUUGCAGUCAGAGCCUGAAAGUAUCCGUAAAUGGAGAGAAGAGCAAACAGAACCCUUGGAAGCCCUUGAUGCCAGUUCUCGGAAGCAAGAAGCAGAGUGGAAAGAAAAAGCAAUAAAGGAGCUAGAAGAGUGGUAUGCGAGGCAGGACGAGCAGCUACAGAAAACAAAAGCAAACAACAGGGCAGCCGAAGAAGCCUUUGUAAACGACAUAGACGAGUUGUCCCCAGGCACUGAGUGGGAAUGGGUGGCCCGGCUGUGUGACUUUAACCCCAAGUCCAGCAAGCAGGCCAAAGACGUCUCCCGCAUGCGCUCUGUCCUCAUCUCCCUCAAGCAGGCCCCCUUGGUGCACUGAAGAGCAACCCUGUGGAAACACUACAUCUGCAAGAUCUUAAUCCUACUCAGUGAAGCUCUUCACAGUAAUUGGAUUAAUUAUGUCGAGUUCUCUUGGACCAAACCUUUUUGUCUUUAGAGUUGAUCAUUGUUUGUUAUUGCAUGAUUCCUUCAGCUUUGUUCUCACUGGCAGCCAGAGAGGAGGGGGAGGAGUGGCGGGGGAAGCCUCCCAAAGGUAGCCUCAACCUCUACUUUUGUGCAUUAUUCUGAGAAUAAAUUUGUUUCAAAAAA